AUGUGGAAAGAUAAGUUAGAUACUUUAGAAAGGAUUGCAAAAGGCCUCUAUUCUAUUCAUAAAAAUGGAUUAGUUCAUCGUGAUUUUCAUUGUGGAUUAUGUCGACCAGCAAAUGUAAAAUCUUUUCAAGAUGAGUGUAAACAAGUAUAUGGAGUAUUACCUUAUGUAGCGCCUGAAGUUUUAAGAGGAAAAGAAUAUACUCAAGAAAGUGACAUUUAUGCAUUUGGAAUUAUUGCAUAUGAAGUCUGUACAGGACUUCCUCCUUAUCAUGAUAUUGCUCAUGAUAAAAUCUUAGCUAUUAGCAUUUGUCAAGGGCUUAGGCCGAAAUCUAAUUAUAAAAUUCCUCAACUAAUUUUGGACAUAAUUAAACAAUGUUGGGAUGCUGAUCCUUUAAAACGUCCUAAAGCAGAAGAAUUACAUGAUUUAUUAGGUGAUUUAGAAGAUGAUUUUAUUAAUGAUAAUGAAGCCAAAAAGCAAGCUGAAGAAGCAGAUAAAAUUAAUGAGAAGUUUACUUCUACAUCAUUACCAUAUAAUGGUACCACUCUUUCAUAUACUACAAAUCCUCAAGCAGUUUACACGAGUAGAAUUUUAGACUUUAAAAAUCUUCCAGAACCAAAAAAUGCUGUUGAUAACAAAGAUGAUGAUAAUUCAAUAGGCGGAUAUUCAGAAUCCAUAGAAGCAAUAGAUUUCACAAAUCUCAACCUAGGAUCCCGAACAAAUCAAAAAUAUGAAGAGUUUUAA